AUUAAUUAAAUAAAAUAUACUUCCCACCACACCUAGGUUCUUCUAAGUUACUAUCCACAUGGAAAAACUUUAUUGACUUUUUAGCCCAUGUUACAUUGAUUAUUUGAUAAAUUAAAAUAAUUUUGUCACAGAGUUCGUCUCCUACUUUCGGAGUUCUCGGCGGCGACAGCUAGGGUUUUUUUCAUCUCUUGCUUCUAUCUACUCCGUACUUUGUUUCUCCUGGUCUAUUGUGUUUUCAAAUGGAUCCGAACAAUAUUGAUAGUGGUAUAGCAGCGAUUUCUCUGGACAACGAGGAGGAUGAUGGACUGAUCUUCGGCGAUGAAAUUGAAGAUUCAUCAAACCAUCAGCCGGCUUACGAUUUCUGCCUUGUGGGUCAGUUUCUUACUGAUCGUCCGGUCAAUUUUGUGGCGAUGAAGAACACGAUGGCUUCUCUGUGGCGUCCGGAGGAAGGUAUGGUGGUGAAGGAAGUGGGACCAGAUCCCUCCGAGGUGCCGCUGCAUCAUCUUUAUGUGUGGGUGCAAGUAUAUGGGUUAAAACGCGGUUUCUUCUCGGAAAGAGUGGCUCAACGACUAGGGAAUGAGAUUGGUCAUGGUGAGCGUUUCUGUCCAGAGACUCUCCGGCAGUGGGGGUGUAAAGUGGAGAGGAAGUUCGGACCGGAGAUGAGGGCAUCUACGCGACGGGCUUCUAACAAUAUUGGGGCACGUUGGUUACGAGAGGAACUGCCACCGCGAGGAGAUGAAGUCGAGAAACAAGAGAAGAUUGGAAAGGGAGAUAGCAGAAGGUCUACACCUGCCUGCACAGGGUUGUCGUCCAUGUUGUGUAAGCAAGAUGCAGCACCUCCUAAUACGGAGCUAGCAGUUUGGCAGAGGAACAAAGAAGCAACUCCAAGGGUGGAGUUUUCAGAUUUCCAAAAUCAAUCUGACCAUAACUCGAUGGAAAAACAAUCUGAUGUUGAGAUGUUGUUGAUUCCAACAGACCCUAAAAAACGCAAGAAGAGUGUGGCUGAAAAGAAUGGGGAAGGUUUUGGCAGGUUAAUGAAUGGGAGCAAAAAAACUUAGUGGAGGCGGGACCUGGAUGCCAGGCCCGCCUAGCGCCAUGAGUUGAUCAGUUAGAACUGUCGUGGGCUUGGCAAACCACGAGCAGUGCACACCCUGCAAACUAUUGUUAGGGAGAAUAAGCCUCUUUUAAUUUUUCUUGUUGAAACACUUUGUGAUUCUGCUCGUAUUGAUGAAAUAAAACUUUUGUUGGGUU